AUGAAGUUCGUGGUCCUCGUCCUUCUGAGGGGCUCCUCCCCAAGUGAUAUGACCAACUUGAUUUGGCCGCUCGGUUGGACCUCAUUGCCAGUGAACCUGUACAGUGGAGUGGCCAUCGGCAGUAGCUCUCCGGGAUCGAUUUGGAGUUUAUCGAACGCCUUUUUGAAGAUGAUGUUGACCGAGCUGCUAGUAAGAAACCAGAUCAGCUCGAAGCCCUUCUUCCCUUCUCUUCCGCCAUGGCUCUUCUCUAUCUCACUUCGUCUUCCUCCUCCUCCUCUCCUUCCGGUUCCAUCCCCUUUCGAUCCUGCCUCGGCGCGCUCUUUCCUAAACACGCCGCGUCUACACUCCGCGUUUGGCGGCCACGGUGCGACCUCCCUUCGCGCCUCUCUCCGGGAGAAGGCCGCGCUCACAAUCGACUCUCCCUCUCAUAGCGGCGCCCCCUUCUCCGAAGGUCCCCCGAGGGUUCUGUUGGAGGUUAAGGAUUUGAAGGCGGCCAUCAAGGAUUCGGGGCAGGAGAUCUUGCGGGGAGUUAACCUCAUUAUCCAUGAGGGCGAGAUUCACGCAAUUAUGGGGAAGAAUGGAUCGGGGAAGAGCACGUUCUCCAAGGUUCUUGUUGGACAUCCAGAUUAUGAGGUAACUGGUGGUAGCCUUUUAAUCAAGGACAAGAAUUUACUUGACAUGGAACCAGAAACAAGGUCCCAUGUUGGCAUUUUCAUGAGUUUCCAGACCCCUGUGGAGAUACCAGGUGUAAGCAAUUUUGACUUUCUGCAUAUGGCAUUCAAUGCUCGAAGAAAAAACCAAGGGCUGCCACCGGUAGAACCUCUUGAGUUCUACAGUUUCGUGACUCCUAAAGUUGCUUCCUUGAAUAUGAAUCCAAAAUUUCUUGACAGAAAUGUAAAUGAAGGCUUCAGUGGUGGUGAAAAGAAACGGAAUGAAAUUCUGCAACUUGCAGUUCUGCAGGCAGAUUUGGCUAUUCUCGAUGAAAUAGAUUCAGGUUUAGAUGUCGAUGCACUUCGAGACGUAGCAAAAGCUGUUAACAGACUAUUAACACCAAGAAACUCUGUGUUGAUGAUCACACAUUAUCAACGCCUCCUUGACUACAUCAAUCCCAGCUAUGUGCAUAUAAUGGAAAAUGGCAGGAUUGUAAAGACGGGUGAUGUUUCACUUGCAAAACUUCUUGAGAGGGAGGGCUAUAGAGGGAUCUAUGGGUCAUAGCUCAAGACCAGUAAGCAACCUGCUUUAUUGAGUUGUCUAAUACCUCAAUGAUGCCCUUUACAGGUACAUGAUUUCACAA